CGCAUUCCCCCCCCCCCCCCCCCCCAGAUCUCGCCAUGGCCGCCGGCGCUAGCCUCCUUCUGCUGCUGCUCCUCGCCGUCGCGGGAGCCAUCGUCCCGCCUUCGGCGGCGGAGAUCAGAUCGGAGUCCUUCCGGGAGGACCCCCGCCAGUCCAUCCUGUUCGAGAAGUUCGGCUUCUCCAAGUCCGGCGCGGUCCGGAUCAUCCUCACCGGCGCCGCCGUCUCCUCCUCCUUCGCGCGGGCGGACCCCAAGCAGAUCGGCUUCUUCCUCCUCGCCGACGAGUCCCUCCUGCAGGCCAUCUACGAGUCGCGGGAGCGGCCGGCGCCGGAGAAGCGCGCGGAGGACCCGACCGGCGCCGACGAGCCCGACCUCUCCAGCUGCGUCCUCUCCAGCCCCUACGUGAAGACCCUCUUCACCUUCCACGACAUGGAAGGGGGCCACUACAACAAGUCCUUCCCGGUCACCCACCCCGACGAGUACAGCCUCUUCUUCGCCAACUGCGCGCCGGCGUCGCUCGUCACCAUGAACGUCCGCACCGAGAUGUACAACGCCAACCCGGACGGAUCCAAGGACUACCUCCCCGUCGGCCAGGCGCCCCUCCCAGCCAUCUACGGCUUCUUCGCCUUCUGCUACGCCGCGUUCCUCGCCGCCUGGGGGUACCUCACCCUCGUCUCCCGCGACCGCGCCUCGGCCAGCAACCAAAUCCACCACCUCAUGACGGCGCUCCUCGUCGCGCGCAUGCUCUACUGUCUGUCCGCCGCCGAGGACCAGCACUACAUCCGCGUCACGGGCACGCCGCACGGCUGGGACGUGGCCUUCUACCUCUUCCAGCUCGUCAAGGGCGUCAUCCUCUUCGCGGUCAUCGUGCUCGUCGGCACGGGGUGGUCGUUCCUCAAGCCCUUCCUGCAGGACCGGGAGAAGAAGGUGCUCAUGGUGGUGAUCCCGCUGCAGGUCAUGGCGAACAUCGCCGCCGCGGUGAUCGGGGAGACCGGGCCGUUCAUGCAGGGGUGGGUGACAUGGAACCAGAUCCUGAUGUUCAUCGACGUCGCGUGCUGCUGCGCCGUGCUCUUCCCGGUCGUCUGGUCCAUGAGGUCGCUCCGGGAGACGUCCAAGACCGACGGCAAGGCGGCGCGGAACCUGUCCAAGCUCGCCCUGUUCCGGCAGUUCUACACCGUGGUGAUUGGCUACCUGUACUUCACUAGGAUCAUUGUGUAUGCGCUCCGGACCAUUGCAAGCUACCGAUACAGGUGGGCAAGCAUCUUGGCCGAGGAGGUGGCCACAAUGGCGUUCUACAUGUUCAUGUUCUACACAUUCAGGCCGGCCGAGAGGAGCAAUUACUUUUCUCUCGACGACGAUGAGGAAGAGGCUGCAGAGAUGGUGCUCCGGGAAGAGGAGUUCGAGCUGUAAAUUAUUUGCAACAAUUUUGCUCCAUUGGCACCCAGUUCAUUAUAUGUUCUCUCUCCCUGUGAGAUUUAAUCAUUUAACACACGAUAUAUACAAAUGUCAGGUAUAGAUCAUGGUCUUGUAUGUACUGCAGGGAUGCAAGAUUAUUCAUUACUCUUUCCUUCGUAGAUUCAAAUUUUACUGAUCUGAUGAGGGGAUUAAUUGAGCAAACACUACUACGUAGUACCAUUUGGGCCAGGUUUGAGAUUGUCUGCUUCUGUGUGGCAAUCAGUCAUUUCAUCUUGA